AGGCUGCCGCCAGGGCACAUUGCAAAGUGCCAUUUGAUGCUGUGGCUCUCUCAUUGUGCUGUGGGCUUGGCCGUAUAAUAGUUUGAUAGAUCGCUGCGGAAAGACGAGCGCGCAGUCGAAUUGCAUUGCUGCGAAGGACUAAUUUUGGUCAUACACAAGAGCUCUGGCUCUGCAAGCAGCAGCAAUGCAACCUUGCAGCACGGCAGUACUGCUGCUGCAACUGCUCGCCGCCACGAGCACGAGUCAUGCACUCGAUGCAGACGCCGCGGCCGCCGCGUGGUCCACGCAAAGAGGAGUACACGCCCCGAAGCUCGCCAUCCGCACGACGACUGACAGUGUAGGCGGCCGCGGGCUCUUCGCGACGGAUGCCGUACGCAAGGGCGAGGUCGUGGCAUCAAUCCCGAAGGACCUGGUCUGGCGCGCGCCGGCCCCGGCGGACCUGCCGCCCGAGGGCCGCGCCUGGCAGACGCAGCUCGCCACUCAACUUUUACUGGCGGCGGCCGCCGGCGAGGAGGCGUGGGCGCCGUGGCUCGAUGCUUUGCCGACGGACUUCGACGCCUUCGCGUACCUGGACUGCGAGGACGUGGACGGCUGGGUCCAAGAGACGGCGCAACGAUGGGGCCUGCCCGCGGACCGGCUCGCGGAGACGCUCGGCGAGCGCCGCGGCGCCUACGCGCGGCGGGCCGCCUGGUUCUUUUCUGCAGAGGGCCCGGCGGCGCUGUGCGGGGCGUCUCCACAAAGUUUCCGCCUGGCCUACUGCCGCGUGCUCUCGCGCGCCGUGACCGUCGACGGGAAGGGGUGCAUCGGCCUCGUGCCGUUCUACGACUUCCUGAACCACGGCCGCUUAGGCAGCGAGGCGAACGUCGAGCUUCUGACGUACGGCCAGGCCGUGCGCCGCGCCGGCGACGCGUCGGGCGCCGAGGGCUCGUUCCUCGACCUCGACGACAUGUUGCUGGUUGCGACGGCCGACAUCGAAACGGGGGCCGAGCUGCUGACGGGAUACGCCGACGCGGGCGCCGACGAGGACGGCUACCGCGUCAAGCUGCUGCUCCAGUACGGCAUCUGCCUGCCUCCGGCCUAACUUUAUUGUGUGAC